UUGCUAAAGAAUAGUGAGUCGAAGGGAAGAAUAUAUAGUUGUUGUCGAAUAUUUUGUGCUGUAAAUGGUCGCGACAAAGCACUGCUGUUGGGGAGAGUGUAAGACUGAUUCUAGAUAUCCUGAUUUGCUUCACCCGGCGCUAAAGAAGAGAUUGCAGGAAGGUAAACCGAUAUUUCUACCGUUCCCAAAGAAGUCCCAAGGACUCGAGAGAUGUACUAGAUGGGUUAAUGCUUGUGGUCGAGGUAAAGCUUUUACAGUAGAUCGUGUCACAAAACACACAUAUGUAUGCUACUUGCAUUGGCCAGGAGAGGCAGGACCUACAGAGGAGUUCGAUGUGCCCUUGAAGGCAACUCUGAGCCAAAUGGAAGUAUUGAAAGCGUCAAGACGAAAGCGAAAGCCGCCACGUGAAAGACAUGCGGACGCCGUUCCUUGUAAACGAAGUCGAUCGGAGGCAAGCCAAGACCAACCAUCUUCAGUCAUCAACGAAGCUAAAGUUGAUAACAGCACUGAAUUUAAUGAAAAUCCCACACCAGAGGAUGACUUACAG